CCUUGAGCCAGCUAAGCUGCAUGCACAUGUGCUUGGCAUCACUCGUCGAAGUAGGAAUGUAUGUCUAGAUCGAGACAAGCCUUGACCCAAGACAGCAAGCGAAAGCAGAGGGAGCAGCCGAUGCAGUCCGGAUCGACCUGUGGGAGUGGGGCCUGAGGCUUGAAUCCAGGCAUUGACGUCACCGGCUGCCGAUCGUCGACCGUAACAAAACAAGAUAUUUCACUCGAUGAUGUUGGCUUCCCCGUUUGUCACGUCAGUCCUGGCCACCGGUGGAAUCCCUUUUGAAGGCCUCGAUUUCCAACUUCGGUCAUGUCUUCUCGGCAACUUGUCACUGCUGGUUCUUAGGGGAAAGCGCUACUUUUUAGUUUCAAUUUUGUGUUAUUUUUCGUCCUCCUCGAAUCUCCCUGUCGCCACAUCGCCAAAAUGACUGUUAUCUGGGGCCUGGACCUCAAUGAGAUCCAAUGGUGGAAAUUCAAGAGCUCGUGGAUGUUCACGCCCUCGUAUCAUCUGCGGCGAACCAAGAUGAUAGUCUAUCAACUUGCCAUGAUCUGUUGCGUGUGUUCCGAGUCCACCGGCACAGCGGCCUUGUCAGACUAUGUCGACCAACAAAGUGAUAUCCAAGGCAAACACCCCGGGAUCUAUGUCUGGAACAACGAUUUCAUUGGCGCCGCCUCGUACAAUAUCUGGUGUGGAGUCGCAGUCGCUUUCAUCUUCGGUGGUGCCUUUUUCUUCGAUCUGUUCUGGCCCGAGAGGCAUGAGAGCAGAGGUGUGCGGUUGGCAUGGAAGAUCUGUGCGGUCACGGUAUCUAUCAUGAUGCUGAGCUCAGCAUUGACGAUGACUAUCAUCACUGCCACUCGCAGUGCAUCUAUCCAAGGCACCGAUCCUGCCACCGCCAGCGAAUACUGGGCAGACGCCAUCAAGCAGCCAUCUCUGAAAUACCGCACCAAUCCUAAAGCAAUAGCUUCGGUCGUUCUCGCGUGGCCCGGAUGGAUCUUCACGACUUUGAGUACAUUCAUCCUCUUCGCCUCCGAGAAGCACGACGACCGAUACGGGCCGAAGUCCAAACUCGGCAAGCAGGAGGAGCAAGAGGAUCACACCGAAGCCCCCCAUGCCCCUGCCACUGAGGGUGGUGAGAUGACCGAAAACAAGCCCGAAAAUGCUGUUUAGAUUCUGUAUAAUAGCCGUUACCAUUACCCCGUGAUACCCCUAGGUUUAUGAUGUAUGUC